AUGUCUAUUUCUUUUCCGUUUCGGCUGGAAUUUCUUGAUAGCAAUGUGUUCACCUGGUUUUCAUUCACAGACCCCAGGAGAAUCUGUUCAUAUCUAUCUAUCUAUCUAUCUCGGUCUGUUCAUAUUUAUCUAUCUAUCUAUCUCGGUCUGUUCAUAUUUAUCUAUCUAUCUAUCUCGGUCUGUUCAUAUUUAUCUAUCUCUCUAUCUCGGUCUGUUCAUAUUUAUCGAUCUAUCUAUCUCGGUCUGUUCAUAUUUAUCUAUCUGUCUCGGUCUGUUCAUAUUUAUCUAUCUAUCUCGGUCUGUUCAUAUUUAUCUAAAUCUGUUCAUAUUUAUCUAUCUAUCUAUCUCAUCUGUUCAUAUUUAUCUAUGUUCAUAUCUAUCUAUCUAAAUCUGUUCAUAUUUACCUAUCUAUCUAUCUAUCUUGGUCUGUUCAUAUUUAUCUAUGUUCAUAUCUAUCUAUCUAAAUCUGUUCAUAUUUAUCUAUCUAUCUCACUAAGUCUGUUCAUAUCUAUACAUCUAUCUCAAUCUGUUCAUAUCUAUCUAUCUAGUUCAGACUGUUCAUAUCUAUCUACUUUCCGACUCCCUCUGGGACUCAAAUAUGGAUGCCCCUCUCCAACUACUUGGAUGUUGAGCAUUAACGCUCUUUUAAAUAUCCUUGGCAUUGGUUUACCUGUAGCCAGAAAACAUGAGGCAGCAUUUCAAGGAAUGUGGCCAGAAUUGGCAUUAGCUCUUGAAGAAUUCCUUUUUUCUAAGCACCCCUCUCCACCAACAUUAUCAAUUGAAGACUUUCAAAGAGAUGAAACUGUAGACUGCAAGGUUGUUCAAGUCAUAAGAGAUGACAUUUUGCCUUAUGCUGGUACCAUGCCAAAAGAUUUCAUUAUGAAGAUUAUGGAUAUUCUAAACAAGGGCUCCAUUCACUCGGCCACUUCAGACACAUUCAUUGACACAGAGUCAAGUCGAAAGUUGCGUGAAGAAUUUGCAAAAGGAUGUUUUGAAACUUUGUUGCAGUUUUCAUUCAUUACCCGCAGUGCAAAUGAAGGUUCGUUGACCAAAAUGGCCGUGCAGUCUUUGUUGCAAAGAUGCCAAGAAGUGGUAAAGAAUUAUGUGGAAGAUGAACGGUUGAGUGGAAAGUGUCCAUUACCCAGGCCACGUUUAGCAGAAAUUGCUUCAGUUUUAAAAGCCAUAACAACAUUACUGUUGUCAUUAAAGAAAGCAUCACCCAUCAAUGUGGAGCCAACUGUGUGGCAUCAAGUGAUUCAUCUGUAUCCGUCUCUGGUUGAAUGCACAACAUCCUCAUCUCCUCAGGUUUGUAAGGCCCUUAAGGAAGCCUUACAUGAAUACAAAGAUCUCCUGGCUCCACCCAUGCCCCAAAACAAUCAAAGUUGA